AAACAUUGACGUGUCUGUGGUCAAAAAGAUGAUACGGAAUACAACAGCUGUUAUUGUAUUUCCUAAUCGCUGAAUACGUGGUAUUCUUGCAAGUUUCAGUAUAACAAAGGUAGCAUCAUACUAUUUUAUACCAACAUUUUAGUUAUUAAUAGUUUUAGGAUUAACAAAAAUGAAACAAAGGGAUGUUGUUGUCCAGGACGCGGGUUUCACACAGUGGAGAUGAUUUGACAAGCAAUAUGAACGGCUCUAGCGAUGAGAGAGAUGCUCACAGUGAAAUACAAUUGUAUAGGAUAAAACCAGUGGACCAUUUCAUCGAGGCUCAAGUUCAAGAAGGAGACACGUUACAAGCUAUUGCACUUCGGUUUCAUUGUUCUAUUUCAGAAUUGAAGAGGAUCAACCAUAUACAUAAGGACAAUGAAAUAUUUGCAAGACGGACAAUCAAAGUGCCAGUUACACCAUACUCUGUGCUCACUGAAAUAAUUCCCACAUCACGACCCGCAGAACCUGUACCUUCCACAAGUCAGACCUCGACUAGCUUAAAUUUAGAAAAUAUCCUCCAAAACCCAGUCCAAAACAGAUUACCUCAGACUAAAACUGUAAAUUCAAAUAGUUCCAAUGAGGGAGAUUGUGCAAUUGACUGCAAUGCUGUGGUUUUGAACAGCACACUAGCGCCAUCUGUUAUUCCUUAUACAGAUACUGAUCAAAUUGAAGCAGCAUCUGAAGACACACAAUUACUACCCAACAAAGUGAAAGAGCCAGUUGAAGCAGUUGUGGUGAAACAGUUGACCUCACAAGGUGCCGACUUUGGACUUAAGUGGUUCCAUCUAUUGGGAGUUGUGCUUAUUCUAGGAGUUUUCGUGCCUAUCAUAUACAUUGUAUUCUUCUUAGACAAACACGAACACUCAGACGUACCACCGCUGCGAUAAACUUAAUGUGGGUGGGAUCAAAAAGCUUUAAGUUGCGAUGAUAUUUUGAGAGAUUUUUAUGAUUAUGUAUUAUAUAUUUUAUUGAAAUUAAAAGGAUGUUGUGAUUCUUGUUGUAAGCGUACAA